UACACCUGGUGGGUUGUUUCGUUCAUGGCUGACUCCGAUGACGAGCGAAGAAAGCUUGUCGUUAAUCAACCAUAUGAUGAGACUCUUGAAGUAAAUGACGACGAAGAAGUAGCCAGCACCUUUUCACCAAGCCCUAGACCUACUGGCGGCAAACCAGGUGGAUAUAAUCCAGGAAUUGGAUCUAUCUCCAUGACUGACCAAAGUGAUGAUGAGUUUGACCAUGAUAACCUAGCAGAAAGUAAGGAGGCUCCUGGGGGCUAUUCUCGGCCACAAGAACUGCAGGGGCUCAAGGAACGACCUGGGAGACCAACUGGCCAAGAACUGGAAAGUCAACAAACUAAUGAUGAUGAAGAUGAAGAUGAUAAUGAUGAUCAGAGUGACAGUUCCGAUGAUGAUGAUGAAGAUGAUGAUGCACAUGGAACUGCACUGGUGGGUGCUUAUGACCCAGCUGACUAUGAACACCUUCCAGUGAGUCAAGAAAUCAAGGAACUCUUCCAGUACAUUACAAGGUACACUCCGCAAACAAUUGAUUUGGAGCAUAAAAUGAAGCCGUUUAAUCCUGAUUUCAUCCCUGCUGUUGGAGACAUUGAUGCAUUCUUGAAGGUGACACGACCAGAUGGUAAACCUGAGACUCUGGGAUUGGUCGUUCUUGAUGAACCAAUGGCUAAACAGUCUGAUCCUACAGUUCUGGAUCUACAGCUUAGAACCAUCUCCAAACAGACAAACUUGAAAGCCAUGACUGUGCGGAGCAUUGAAGAUCCUGAAAAGAAUCCUAAAGCUGUUGAUAACUGGAUAGAUAGUAUCAGGGAACUUCAUCGUCAAAAACCUGCUCCUACAGUUCAUUACCAGAGGAAUAUGCCAGAUGUCGAGUCCCUUAUGCAGGAGUGGCCACAAGAAUUUGAAGACCUUUUGAACCAGGUUGGGCUUCCAACAGCAGAUCUGGAUGUGGAGUUGAAUCAAUAUGUGGAUUUGAUCUGUGGAAUCCUUGACAUCCCAGUACACAACAACAGAAUCCAUGCUCUGCAUGUGCUGUUUACCUUAUUUUCAGAGUUCAAGAACUCACAGCAUUUUCAUCAACUUGCCAAAGAUAAUCAGAUGUCAAAUGAGUUGAAGUUGGAUAAUGGUGAUGCUGUUGGAGGAAUGACGGCAGCAGCUGAACACAUGACUCUCAAUGGAGGAGAUACCCAAACCUUAAACUUUGAUUACUGAAAUACCAUACUCACUGCAGUGUUUUUGUUUGUUUUUGUGUAAAAUAUAUCAAUUUAUUUUGUCUUUAAAGAGACUUAAGUGUGUAGCAUCACAGUAUAUUUUAAGGAGUCUUGUAGUAUUUUGGCAAACCCAUAAGGCAAGUCAAAAUACAGAUAAUGAGUAAAGGGGUAGUCAUGGUGAUACUACACACUAAGAAGAUGUCUUAUAAAAGAUCUGUUAUCCAACAGUUUCUUUUGGCAAAAUCGUGAAGUUCUUUUUUAGCAUAUAUACAUGUAAGACUUUCAUGCAGUUGAAAGGAACAGGAUGACCAUAUAAAACCUGUUAAACCGGUUUAGCUCGUGAAGUACAAAUAUUGUACGAGAUGGCUUGUACCGUUUCAAUUUGUACUCGCUAGGAAGAGUUGGAUGAUAAAAGUUGUUACCUGUAUUCUUAUAGCUACUGAGCACAGAAAAGGUGCUCAAUAAAAAUUAUUAGUCAAGGUUGAGUGUGCUUAUCUCAUACAUACAUGUAGCUUUUUGAUUAGCUCUCAUUAACUUUUGUAAGACGUGAAAGAGAUGGAAAGAAUUUUAUUUCCUGUUAUCUCUUGAACAGCUUCCGUUGUAAAAUAAUGAAGAGGUGAUAGAAUCAAAAUAGGAGACAAGAAAGGAGACAUUUGCAGUGAUUCAGUCUAUAGUUUUAGAACUCGGGUGGAAGUCUGGUUGAACAAGAAAUCUAACUAUAUGCACAGUGAACUUUCCCUUUUUGUAGGUCAACUAUGGUAUAACGAUCAAAUCUUCUACAUGUGUAACAGGACUUCUAAGAGAUUUCUCUGAGUUGGCUGCCUGCGUCAUUGUAUAAAGCUGGCCAUUGUGGGCAUGUUUUCCUAAGAAUGAGUGCUUUCCGACCAGUUUGCAGUUGGAACUAAACAGUUCCAUUUUAGAGAGUUGGUUCUGGUGUUAGGUGUGGUCAGGAACACAGUUCUGUUUUGCCUCACAUUAGAGCUUCAAGGSUACUGGUAGUUUGGUGAUACAAGUUAGAACAUAGUCACUACAAGUUCAUUGAUAUUUAUUGUAGUUCACUUUGCAAAUAUACUGUAAAUAGUCAAUGUACACUUAUUGCGGCCACCUAUUAUUUAUAGACACUCUGCCUGUAAUGUAACAUUUUGACAUUUUUCUUCAGAUCACACAAAUAAAGAGAGCAUUGCUCACUAAGCUGUUUGUUGUUUGUGCAGUCACUAUUUAGUCAAUCUAUUUUACACUAGUGUAUUAAAAAUAAAUUGUCACAGAACCUG